AUGGCAGCCGACAAGUCGCCACGGAUGCAGGUCCUGCAGCUUGGCACCAUCCAACUGGCACACGACACUUGGAAGUCGAUUGGCGACGUGGCAGACAUUGUCGUGCCCAAGGCCAACGGCCGUGCCGAGUUCAUUGCGGAGUGCCGCUCGGGAUCGCUCGAUGGCGUUAAGGUCGCCUACCGCACGUUCGAGUCCUUCCGCAUCACCGGCCGCAUCGACGACGAGCUGUUGUCGGCGCUGCCGUCGUCUCUGCGCUUCAUCUGCCACAACGGCGCCGGGUACGACCAGAUCGACGUCGCCGCCUGCACCGCCCGCGGCGUCCGCGUCUCCAACACACCCACCGCCGUCGACGAGGCCACGGCGGACAUUCACAUUUUUCUGCUGCUCGGCGCCAUGCGCAACCUGGCCCCGACGCUGAGCAGCAUCCGCGCCGGCCACUGGCGCGGCCUGGACGGUGGUCCCCCGCUCGGCCAUGAUCCGCAGGGCAAGACCAUUGGCAUCGUGGGCAUGGGCGGCAUCGGCCGCACGGUGGCGCGCAAGGCCCACGCUGCGUUUGACAUGAAGGUGCUGUACCACAACCGCAACCGUCUGGCGCCCGAGGUGGAGGCGGCGGCCGGCCAUGCCGUCUACGUGCCGACGCUCGACGAGCUCCUGGGCAGCGUCGACGUCGUGAGCAUCAAUGUGCCGCUCAACGCACACACGCGCCACCUGAUUGGCGCUGCGCAGUUUGCGCAGAUGAAGCCGGGGGUGGUCGUGAUCAACACGGCCCGCGGAGCCGUCAUUGACGAACAGGCGCUCGUGGACGCACUGGCCUCGGGCCACGUCGCGGCCGCGGGCCUGGAUGUCUUUGAGCACGAGCCCCAAGUGCACCCGGAGCUGAUGAAGAGCGACAAGGCGCUGAUUGUGCCGCAUAUGGGCACGUCGACAGUGGAGACGGAGACCAAGAUGGAGGUGUGGGCCAUGGAGAACGUCCGGCAGGCGGUGCUUGCGGACACACUCAAGAGCAUUGUGCCCGAGCAGGCUGGGCUGAAGUUCUAG